GAACACACUUCAAUAUGUUUACCAAAGUCUCGACUCUGCUCUGCCUGCUGCUCCUGGCUGGAGCUCUGACUUUGAGCCAGGGGGAGGAGUUCCCGCAGUGUGCGAAUGUGGAGCCCCAAACCUUUGUGAUGGCCAUCGAAGACUGCGCCUCGUACAUCUACUGCAAUGGGGAGGACUCCUUCAGGGACAGCUGUCCGGAUCAGACCUACUUCGACGACCAGGCCCAGGAGUGUGCCUUUGACGAUGCAGGAUUCUGCCUCAGGGGAGCUGCCAUUGCAUUGGAGGAAACUGAACCAGCAGAGAGCACUCCAGAGCAGAUGCUCCCAACUAUUACGCCGCCUACUGGUGCGCCUGAGAGUAAUCCGUCGCCUGAUGCACCGGCAACCUCUGCUCCUGCAGGACGUCCGCAUUGCGACUCCUCCAGCGAUAGCUUGCAUCCCCAUCCGCAACGCUGCGAGUACUACUACCGAUGCCUCAGCGGCUACCUGACAAUCGUGCGCUGUCCCUACAACUAUGCAUGGGACUAUCCCAAGCAGCAGUGCCAGCCCCUGUCGCAGGCUCAGUGCUACAGCCUACUAUAGAUCUAUGGACUGUGGGUUCUAAGGGGCAAUGGGUAUUAGGGACAGUUUCUUUUCUGGUGUUUGCAGCCUCCAAGCUGGGGCGCUGCUAGCCCAAAUAGAGGAGCCCAGAUGACAAUAAUAAAUAAGUAUU